GCAGGAUGGGCUGGACCGUGUGGAGCCGGUGGAGAUGGAUGGCGCUGAGAGCGAUGUUGAUGGUUCUCUUUCUGCCGAUGCUCGUGGAAAAUGUGGCCGUGGCUCGCAUCAAGUACUCUCACGCAGGAAUCUGUCCCAACGAAAUGACUCCCAGCCUUUGGGUGGACGCUCAGAGCACCUGCUCCCGGGAAUGUGAGACUGACCAGGACUGUGAAACGUUUGAGAAAUGCUGCCCCAACGUGUGCGGGAUGAAGAGCUGUGUGGCGGCCAGGUACAUGGAUAUCAAGGGGAGGAAAGGACCCUCGGGGAUGCCUGUGGGUGGCAACUGUGACCGCUUCAUGUGCACCCAGCAGGGUUCCGAGUGUGACAUUUGGGAUGGACAGCCUGUGUGCAAAUGCAAGGAGCGCUGUGAGAAGGAACCCCAUUUCACUUGUGCCUCCGAUGGCCUGACCUACUACAACAAGUGUUACAUGGAUGCGGAGGCGUGCACUAAAGGGAUCACGCUGACUGUGGUUACCUGUACAUAUCACCUCAUUUGGCCCAACACAAGCCCCAUCCCACUGGAAACCACCGAGCAGCCAACAACAGCCUAUUCCCCUACAACCUCUCUGGACGUCCUCCCACCCGCCCUCCUCUCUAACCCUGGUCACCAGUCCAUGUACGUGGGGGGCACAGUCAGCUUCUUGUGUGAUGUGAACGGGAGGCCAAAGCCAGAAAUCACCUGGGAGAAGCAGUUGGAUGGGAGGGAAAAUAUCAUAAUGAGGCCAAACCACGUGAACGGCAAUGUGGUGGUCACCAAUAUUGGGCAGCUGGUCAUCUACAACGCUCAGCUCCAGGACGCUGGCAUCUACACCUGCACGGCCAGAAACACUGGGGGGCUACUCCGGGCGGAUUUCCCCCUGUCUGUCAUCAAGACGGAAGACUUAGUGUGGCAGAAUGCCACUCAGAUCCCCGCUGAGGAAUGCUUAAAGCAGCCAGACAGAGAGAGUUGUGACGAAGCCCAGGUCAAGUGGUACUACGACCACAAGAAAAACAACUGCUUCACAUUUAACUACGGCCAAUGUGAGGGCAAUAUGAACCACUUUGAGAUGUAUGAGGAGUGCAUGUCCACCUGCAUGAACGAACCGGUCAACAUCUGUACCUUGCCAGCCCUACAGGGCCCCUGCAAGGCAUGGGAGCCCCGCUGGGCCUAUAAUAGCCUCAUGAGGCAAUGCCAAUCCUUCAUCUAUGGCGGCUGUGGCGGUAACGAGAACAACUUUGAAAGCAGAGAAACAUGCGAGGAGAUCUGCCCGUACCCCAGGAGCCAGCAGUGCAAGGUCUGUAAGCCUCGCUUCAAGAUAGUGACCAGCUUCUGCAAGAGUGACUUUGUCAUUGUUGGCCAUAUGACUGAACUGACAGAGGACACGGACUCAGGACGUGCUCUCUUCACUGUUCACGAGGUGCUGAAGGAUGAAAAGAUGGGCCUCCAGUUCUUUGGCAGCAAGAUACUGGAGAUCACCCUGUUAAACAUGGACUGGCAGUGUCCUUGCCCUAACAUGACCACAGCGGAUGGCCCCCUCAUUGUGAUGGGAGAUGCUCACAACGGUAUGGCUGUCCUUCAACCUCACAGCUUUGUCAGGACUGUCAACGAGAGACGCACCAAGAAACUGAAGGAAGUGAAGGAUAAGAAAACCUGUGAACUGCUGCGGGAGUUUACAGGAUUUCAUUAGGGCCAUGUUAUCCGUACAGCUACACAGAACCUUAGACAAGAAAAUACAUUCUGUGAAAAGUCAGAUGAGAGAAACCUUACUUUUGACAAUCUAACUAAAUAAGCACUUAA